AUGGAAACACUUGUGAAAAUUCGGAAUGCACAGAUGGUGCAACUGAAUGGGGAGCUUGCAGCAGCCAGAAAACUCAUCGAACGGCGUGCGUCCUAUAGUGAGGCAAUGGAAAGGCUCGAGCAGCUCAAGGAACUUGCUGGAAAUUUCCGGCGAACGCAAACACGCAUAGAGGAAAGUCAAGACGAUCCGGAAGCAGUUGCCUCGGUACACAAUAUUCGGGAAGAAUUCAAUACGGCCUAUUUCGAAGCAAAAGACAUUCUCGAGAGAUAUAUUGCGGACACUAAUCCGGACGAAACGGGUUCCUCAUCGAGUGGCAGAACGAUUGUCGACAGUGAUAUUCGGGAAGCGAUAAAAAUGCUUCUCAAUACACAGCGUUCACUGUUGGAGGGUCAACAAGCAGCGGCGGUCGAGAGUGCAAAUCGUGCGAGAGGAAACGUCAAUUCUGCAGCAGGAGAACAGGUGUCGAAUUGUGCACCUUUGAAUGUGCGUCUUCCACCGAUCAAUGUACCAACGUUUACUGGAGAUCGGAAAAGUUGGAGGUCCUUCAAGGAUAUUUUCGAGUCGACCAUACACAACCGUAACGACCUCCGAGAUGCAUUGAAAAUGCAGUACCUGUUGUCAUACUUGGAAGGAAGUGCGAAGCAGCUGGUCAGUUCGUAUCCAAUUUCGGAUGCAAACUACCAAGAAGCAUGGGAAACGCUCACAAAUGUUUACGACAAGAAAAAAUAUACUGUUUUUGCUCUUGUUCGUGAAUUCGUGGACCAAGCGGCAGUUUUGACUGCAACGCCGGGGAGUCUACGUAUGCUUGUUUCAACUUCUGACGAAGUCGUGCGACAAUUGAACGCGCUUGGGGAUGAAUACAACACACGCGACCCGUGGUUGAUCCAUCUCCUACUGGAAAAGCUGGAUAAGGAGACUCGCGCACUGUGGGCGCAACGCAUCAUUGAUGAAGAGAACCCAUCGUUUGAGGAUUUUCUGAAGUUUCUUGACAACCGGUGUGAUGCACUAGAAACAUGUACGGCAUUUGCGAAGAAGGCCACGGAAGUCACCAGAAAAGAAAUCGUGAAGAAACCCGCGGCCGAGAAAAGGUUCCAGUCACUACACUCAACAGCAGCAGGAGAAAAGUGCGCGAAAUGCUCCAGUGAGCAUCCGUUGUUUCAGUGUGGACAAUUCAAACAAAUGGACACUAAGUGCAAACGUGAACUAGUUCGAAAAGCGAGGUUAUGUUACAAUUGUUUGCGAUCCUCGCACACGGUGAAGUUUUGUGGGUCCAAAUCAGUGUGUCGAAAUGAAAACUGUAAGCAGCGACAUCACACACUAUUAUGUGAACAGAAAUGUGGCGACGAAGUGCCGAAGAAACCAGAAAUCAACGGUGAAUCAAAGCAGCCACAAGUGAACGAAUCUGUCAUCAACUCAAUGGUGGCACAUAUUCCAGUGGAAGCGCAACGAAAGGUUUUUGUUCUACCGACGGCUAUCAUCCGCGUGCUGGGAAACGACGGCGGUUUUCUUGAAGUACGCGCCCUCGUCGAUUCGGGAUCCGAAGCAUCGCUGGUUACGGAAGCCUGCGUUAGAAAACUCGCAUUACCUCGUUCGAACGGAAAGUUGACUGUCUCUGGACUGGGAAUGCAAGUAGCUGGCACAACUCGUGGCCUCGUGAAGCUCGUGAUCGCUAACCGAUUUGAAAACACGGUAGUUCUGCAAACAAAUGCCUUCGUCAUGGGAAAGCUUACGUCCACUUUGCCUUCACAACACUGUAGGGUGCACCCAUCCCUAAUGGACAAGCAGAUACAGAAUGCUCUUGCGGAUCCGGGGUAUCAUCGACCGGGAUCUAUCGACAUAAUCUUAGGAGCGGAUGUCUUUCUUGCUCUUCUUAAGCCAGGGCAAGUCAAGGACAACGAUGGUUCUCCUGUGGCACAAAACACGAUAUUCGGUUGGCUGGUGUCUGGGAAUCAAGCCAUCUACUCGUCGAUUAUUCAAGCUAACGUCUCGAUCAUCAAUCUCCAUUUAGAUUUAGACGUCAACCGCACCUUGCGGAUGUUUUGGGAGCAGGAGGAAGUUUCGAAGCCACAGCAGCUUACACCUUCUGAACAAGCAGCUAUCGAGCUCUUCAGGUCUACUCAUGAACGAGACGAAAAAGGACACUUCAUCGUACGACUGCCGUUCAACGAUUCGAAGUUAGCCCUGGGUGGCGCUUUCGGCGGAUGUAGAAAAAAUGUACCGCCAAGUAAUAGUACACCCAGCGGAUCGUGA